GAUGCUCCCAGAGCCUGCUUCCUGCACUCAGGGCUAUCCUUAAAUGAUCUCAUGGAAUCAAUAGUCAAGGCAUUUGUAUUCUGGCUAGUAUUUGACCUUCCUGCCCAAGCCACUUUAGUAAAUUGAGCCCAUAUUUUAAAGCUGGUUUAGCUGUGGUGUUUCUCUUUGAUUUGAUUGUUGUGUUUACCUGGAAUCGUUUGGGAAGAGAAAGAAACUGUCUUGGCACUUUUUUGUUUUGUUACAUGUUUUUACCACAUGUACUCUGUUGCUGAACUAUGAUUAACAGAAUAUAUACAGGGAGCUCUGGUGUGGACUGGUCCAUGAGGUCAUGAAGAGUCGGAGACGACUGAGUGAAUGAACACACACACAUACCGAAUCUUAACUUAUACUGUUAAUUGCCUAACCUUACAAUCAUCAGUUUAUUUUCUCACAAUUUCAGAACAUGGGUGCAAUAGGUUGAAACGUGUUUAAAAAGAGACUGCUUGGGAUGCUUCAGUUGGGGAUUGUGCAUAGAACAGAAUCCAAGACCUAUGAGGCCUCUUCCAACUCUGAGUGGCUUGAGUGUUGGACAAAGGACUUCAUCAGAUUGAGUACUUUUCAAUGACAUGCUCCAGCAGGCUGUUAGAAAUUAUGGGAGUUGAAGUCCAAACCACCUGGAGGACCUAAAUUUGCCAAUCAUAGAAUUGUAGAGUUGGAAGAGACCUCAUGGGGCAUCCAGUCCAACCCCCUACAAGAAGCAGGAAAAAAUCUCAUUCAAAGCAUCCCCAGUGUACAUGUCUGAUCUACACUGUAAUAUUAAUUCAGUUUGGUGCCCCGUUUGACUUGGUAUGAUAUCCUGGAAGUUGUAGUUUGGCAAGGUCCUGGGCCUUUUCAACCAAAGAGGGCUGGCUCUUAAGAUUCCAUAGCCCUGCAAGUUCAAGGAGUGUCAAAUUUCAUUCAUUCUCCCUUGGCCAGAGUGGCUGGACCUUCCUUGGAGGAGGGAGAGAGGAAAGGAAAGGAAUGGAGUGUUGUUUGGGCUGAGCCCGGGGCGGCCCCUCCUCCCUCCCAUUGGGAGGAGAGUAAAGGGGGCUGGCCACAACUGGCAGCUGGCGAGCAAAGCGGGGUGAAGGAGGGAGAUGGAGGCUUGCACUGGUUCCUCCUCGGCCAGGACCGAGGAGAGGUGUCCCCUUCAAUCCCGGCGGCUGUGGAGGCUCAGCAACGUGGUCAUGGCCCUUUUCUUCGCUCUGGCCGGGGCAGUACAGGUCAAUGACCCUGAUCCAGAAAUCUGGAUAGUUGCCUAUUCUGUACCUGCAGCUCUGACACUGGUCGUUGGCCUUAAUCCACCAAUUGCAGAUAACGUUGUGUGGAGGACUCUUUCAGACCUACAUACAGCAGCCUGCGUUGCGGGUUCUGCCAUCUUGGGGUGGUCUUUGCUUGCUAAUGCUCAAAAGAACAUUUUGCAUGAGGAAGAAGGCAGGGAAUUAAUGGGUCUGAUGAUUAUUACAGUCUGGAUGAGCCUUUGCCGUAGCUCAGCCAAGAAGUCUCUGGGUGGGAUCCGUUUGGCCAUUGCAAUUUCUCUCUCCCUUUUCCCUUUUGCAAUGUGGCUUUACACUUACGUGAAUGCAGAAAUGCGAGCAUCUUGGCCAUCUCACUGCAAAACAGCUAUUUGACAUUGUGGAUGAGAGCCAUUAUCAAUUUCUCUAGAGUUUCUUCCUCGGUGAUCCCAAAUCAGUAGGAACCACCACUGUGACCAGUUAAUGAUAUCAGAGUCCAGAAAUUUGGGGACAGAAAAAUUCCAGGAAAUAAAAUUACUGUGUUAAAAUGAUACGAAUCAGGGUCGUGUUACCCACAUCCCCUUGAUAAUGUGCGAGGGGCUGGACUGAGUGAAAACUGGAGUGCUGAGGGAAUACCAUACGGCCAGAGCUGGCUUGAAUCUCCUGAUAAAGCCAAUCAACCUAAGCAUGGACAAAAGCCUUAAAGGAACAGUCACAACUAUCACAACCACCUUGUUUACAGAAUGUAUAUAAAACUACUGGUAAUUUGUAAA